UUUAGGCCUAAACAAAGCGUUGAAUCGGGGGUGCAUUUUACCAGUGCGUAAAAUACUAUUUGUUACGUCAUAAUUGAUGAGGUUUAAAACUGAACAGAAAAACUGAUUCGAUCAUUCUUAUCUUCGUUGUGGACUGGACAACCUAGUGUUAAUCAUUGGACGCGCAUUCACUUAUUUUACACGGAAAAAACACGGAGAGUAAAGGGGUCAGAGGUCAAACGUGAUGACCUCACCCUCAUAGAUAUUGAACUCACAGCCUCUUGAGGACCCUAUCAAUAAUGCUGAUGACAUGCAGGAUGAAGUCAGAUAUGAAAAAGAUCAGCCUGAUACUGGGAGCCUGGACCAGUUCUUUGCUGAUCAAGAAAUAGCCAGCCCAACUCAGUCAAUAGCGGCUGAACCGGAGGCAGAGAUGCAGGAGGCUGGUCUGAAGUCAGCUGACCCAACCCAGUCACUAGAGGCUGAAAUAGAAAGUGAGAUGCAGCCUGAUCUAGAGACACCCGGCCCAUCCCAUGUACAGGAGCCACACCAGACUUCUCUACUUAACUCUGGAGACCUGAAACUGGAGGAUACUGAUGUGACCUUCACCACCACGCCCACGGCCCCCCAGGCUGCAACGUCCCAAAACAGCCUUGUCAGGUGGCAAAGAAGCUCCCCAGACCUCUCCACCUUUGUGCAGGACAUGACUGACAAACACUGGAAUCUGUUGAGUGCGAAUAUGCGUGCCAAGUUAACUAGAGAUGAGUUUACUGCCAAGUGCAUGGACAUUGUCACAUGGGUGAAGAAGAUCAAAUCGACAGUUGUGGUUCCAGCCCUUGACCUCACCAUGCAGAUAGAGCUGACUGAGUUGCCAGGCUCUCCUGGAUCAGGAAGUGAGGAGGCAGUAACUUCUCUCUCCCGCACUGUGAGAUUAAGUUGUACUCAAGGCCCCAGCAGGAGCACCAGCUCUAAAACUUCCUGGAGCACACCUACACCUUUCCCAUCCACUCCCAGGUCCAUGACCUCAUUGCUGAGUGAAAGGGACGAUGAAGACUUGAUCCCUGGAGAGUUCACAUACCUCUCGACACCUGAGGGGGAAAAUAGAGAGGUGAAGGGCAGACCCUGCUCAGAACCACUCAGGUCUGUGUUUGGCCUGUCUCAGAGCUGUGUUUUCAAUCAAAUGGUCCACAGUGGAGCAUGCAGGUCGCUGAGUGAGAUUGUACUGCCAUCCAGCCGGAGUAGGCAGAGGAAGCUCAUGCCCAUCAUCGUCUCCACAGACACCAGAUUGGUAAUGAAAUUGUGGAGAUGGUGAUGAAAG